AUGUUUGCUAUUAUUGUCAGCGCUGAGUUCAGCAGCCAUCUGCCCCUGGUUCUACGAAUUUUUUACGAUAGGGGUACCAGUCGUUGGGCGAACGUGCAAUUGCCUCAAAGCAAUAGCAAUGUGGCGGUGUUAGCUAUCGCAGCUGGAGUAUUGGCCAGCGGUGUUAUCCGUUUUCAGCUUGUUCAGCUCGCCAAUGUUGCAUCACCUCCUCAGGCUGGAGGCAUUGGUGGUUCAGGCGUCAACAAUGAUACUGGGUCAAGUGCCGGUCCGAAGAUUGCUAGGUUUUCCCCUUAUCCGGUUACUUCUCCUCGCAAAGCUACAAUGGUCGAAUCUGUCGAGCCUUCGGGCGAGGGAUCACUUCAAUCCGGAAAACAUGUUGCUGAUGAUGCACCCGAUGAUGUAGAUGAAUGUGCCAGCAACGACGGUGCUCAGACAUCCCAAGAGUCCUCUUCUGCUUCAUCAAACACACUCAGGUCCGUAGAUGCAACCCGUGUUGCUUCUGCUGAGGCGCCUGCGCUCGCAUCUGUUUUCGCAUCUCUUGAUGAAGCUCAGAUCAUGGCUCUUCUCAAUGCACGUACACUGAUGCAGGGCGCGUCCAUUGGUGUACCGGAGAGUUCUCGUGACGGGUCCUCUGCUGUUCCGCCCUUUGAAGAGGAUCAGGGUGGCAGGACUAGGAAAACACGGAAGUCGAAGAGCACGUCCAAGAAGUAG